GGCUCGCUCCAUCUACGAGCGCGCGCUGGACGUGGACCACCGGAACGUCACUCUGUGGCUGAAGUAUGCCGAGAUGGAGAUGAAGAGCCGCCAGGUGAACCACGCUCGCAACAUCUGGGACAGAGCCAUCACCAUCCUGCCACGGGUCAACCAAUUCUGGUACAAGUACACCUACAUGGAGGAGAUGCUGGGGAACGUGGCCGGCUGCAGGCAGGUGUUUGAACGCUGGAUGGAGUGGGAGCCUGAGGAACAGGCCUGGCACUCCUACAUCAACUUUGAGCUGCGCUACAAGGAGGUGGACAAAGCCCGCACCAUUUAUGAACGAUAUAUCCUUCAGUGUGUGGAAGAGAAAUGUUUAAAGGGAUCCAUGAUUAGUUGUAACAUUAGAUUUUAUUUAAUAAACAUAUAUUUUAACUGUAAAGUAAAGACC